AUGCCUAAAGUGAAAAAGAAAUCUGCAAAAUCAAGGACUCAUAAGUGCCCAAAAUGUGAAAAGAAAUUUUCGGAUAGUUCAGGUCUAAACCGUCAUCUUGAAUUACAUGUAGAGGAUCGUCUUCAUGGAUGUACUGUAUGCAAAGCUACAUUUAAAACAAAGAGGUACUUAAGCAGGCACAGAAAGCGUGUUCAUAGUGAGCCUGAAGAACAUGAAUGCAAGGAUUGUGGCAAAAAGUUUCAUUUUAAGAGCUCACUUAAUCAGCAUAGGCUGGUGCACACUGAUGAGAGGCCGCACAAGUGCAAAUGGUGCAAUAAAGGGUUCAACUCCACAUACAGCUUGUCUAGUCAUAUCCUAAUACAUGAGAAUUCAAAGCCAUUUAAGUGCACCUUCUGCGACUAUGCGUGUCGUGAUAGCUCGACAUUAAGAAAACAUAAAAAGAGACAUAUAGGCCAAGUACCUACUUAUAACUGCAAGAUAUGUGAGAAAAAAUUCAGCCAAAAAAGACUUCUAGAAUUUCACGUGGCCAAAGAACAUUUAAAUAUUGACGUGAACGUAUUACCCUGCGAUAAAUGCGGAAAGAUGUUUAGGGAUAAAGCUUCGCUGAAGUUGCAUAUUCAAAAAAUUCACAAACGACUCUACGCCGCGAAAUGUCCCGUGUGCAGUGUUACGAUAAGCUGCAAACAAAAUAUGGAAGCCCAUCUGAGAUCACACCUCGACGAACGACCGUUCUGUUGUACUUUUGAAGGCUGUGGGAAGGCUUUUAAGGACGCGAGGGCACUAUAUCUUCACGAAUUCCUCCACUAUCCGGAGCGCUAUUUGAAAUGUAAACUUUGUGAUAAACGCUUCUCGCGUCAGUCUAGGUUGGACAGUCAUAAGAAGCAGCAUUUCCUCGUCAAGGAGAAAUAUGUUGUGUGUGACUAUUGUAAUGUCAGAUUUUACUCAAAGAAUUACCUCAUAAAUCACAUAGCCAAACACUUAUAUACAAAUAAGUAUAUAUGCGAUAUUUGCAAUAAGGAGUUUUGUACAAAGCCAAGUCUCAUUGGACAUAUUAUUGCACAUAAUUCAGAAACGGAUAAGCAGUGCAAACUGUGCAAGAAGUCCUUCAAAAAACAUAUCUACCUUAAAAGCCAUUAUUGGAAUACACAUUGUAUUAAAUAUAAGAUUACUAGAAAAAAUGUGAAAAUAAAGAGGACUCGAAAGGUUCCGGAAAUAAAAACGGAAGCUGCUGAGAAAUUUGUGAUUAAGUCGGAACCCUUGAGUGAUACAGACGAAGAGACGGAAUACUCGAAGUCAGUUUUGGCUGAAGAUUUAAAGUCUUCCGGCAAUCAAAUGAACAUCUUCUACGACAUUAAAACGAUGGACAGGAAUAAAAUACAUAAAAUCAACGAUCCAAGGAUAAAUAAAGAACUAAAAGAGACAGUUAAGAUAAAGAUCAAACGGUUAUUGCAAAAAGUGCAGACAUUGAAAGAGAGGUGCGAUCUGGAGAGAGCGAGAAGGAGAUAUAACAAGCGAAUGGAGAAUUUAUUAAAGAGGGAAGAACCACAGACUGAAUUAACAGAGACCGAAGUCGGAAAAAUAACUUGUGAAAGAGAUGAAAAUGGAAAAUUAAAAUUCAACGUUCAUCAGUGCUAUGUUUGUUUUAAUCUAUAUAAAACCAAAGAAGAGCUGUUGGAUCAUUGCCAGCAACAUUUCGACCUGUGCCACACUAACACGUUACGGAAGUGCCCCUGUGUGACCACGUCUCGAGUCUGA